GGAGAGUCUUGCUUCCGUUUGAAUUCUUGACAAGGUAACGACCAAGAAACGGCAUAUCUACUAUAUAAGUACAUGCGAUUCGACGUGUCGUUUGUAAGUACGUAGACUCACGUGUACAUUGACACGCGUACACGCACGCACACAUACACACACACACAAACAAAUGCACGCACACGCACACAUACGUCAAACUUUGGAACGCCAAAGCAAGCAGAACUUCCGUUGCUCGAGGCGUAGUCGAAGUUGUCGACACCGUCAAAAGGUAUAGGAAUUUAAUUCGGUGGCAAUAAAGGAAGUUGAAACGUUGGAAUGCAAAGUAUUAAGUAAAUCGAGAGUUAUUACAUUUAUCAUUCCCUUCUCUUUCGAUCUACGAAAGAUAUGUUUUCAUUUAAAAGCAUGUGUGAUAUUAAAAAGAAAAAAAAAAAAGAAAAAGAGAAAAAAGGAUGGAAAAAAGUUCUUUAAUUUAAAAAAACAAUUCUUAGGAAACAAAUUUAAAAAAUAGAUAUAUAUAUAUAAAUAAAUAAUGAAAUAAUAUUGAAGAACAUUUUUUAUGUUAAGAAAUAAAAAUAUAAAAUUACAGCGCUUAGAAUCAUUCUCUCUUUGGAAGGGAUAAAAGCAACCAACAACAGCCAGACCGGCAUAUAUCUCAUAUGCAUAUGCAUCGAACACCAAUAUCUAUCUAUACGUAUGUAUGUAUGUAUGUAUGUACGGUAUUAUCAUUUAAAUCUACACACAGAUAUAAACAUAUACGUAAACACAUCGUACUAAUACAAAUUCUCUAACUACAUUCGUGUACAUUAUUAUCAUUUAAACGUAGCGUUCACUUAGACGAGACACUCGUAUGGAUUCUCGACUAAUUACAUGGACGAUAAACUAGUAUCUUUGCGUAUAUAUAUAUAUAUAUAUAUAUAUAUAUAUAUAUGCGUAUGUGUGUGUAUGUCUCUGUGUGUAUGUAAGAGUAGCGUGGAAAUGCACGGGUACGAUUCUAUUCCCGUAGAUUCUGAACUAUGCGUUGUGCAUAGAGGCAACGUUUCCUGUGUGCUCUCCUUGCCUUUACAACUCCCUUAUACGUUUUACGUUACAGCAUGAACGCGUGCUUCUAUGUAACAAGAGACAUCCAUGUAUAUAUAUAUAUAUAUAUAUAUAUGUAUGUAUGUAUGUGUCUAAGUACCAAUAUAGAAGGAUGGAGAUCUUUGUGUUUGUGUGGUAUGGUGGGUGUUCAGAACCGUACGAUGCGAACUUGUUGUUUAUUCCUCGUAUCGACAUGGCACCUACACGAGAACUCGAUGUCACUCUCGAUGCACACUUGGAACGACACAACGUGCAUUGGUCACUGCACUUCCGUCCUCGAGAAACAUGCUCGCUCGCUCUGUUCACGUGAGUUCAUGCGAUACAGUUUUUUCUUUUCCUUCUUCUUCUUUCUUUUUUUUUUUUUUUUUUUUUUUCUUUUACCUCCAUAUAUGCAUCCAAGUACCUAUGUGAUUAUUUAUGAUGUCAAAUGUCGUUUUAUAACGAGAACAUCUUUUAGUAAUUAAUUAUGAUGUCAUUUUUAUUUAUUUUUUUAAGUUUGAGUCUGAAUAUGUUCUAGGAAAAGAUACAAAAAGGAUAGAAGAAGGGAAUUCCUUUAUAUUGUAGAUCAUUGCGGUCAGCGAUCUCACAGAUCGAGGCCAUUAUAGAAUACAAUAAUAAUGUUGUAGAUCAUGCGAUUAUUAUAUGUAUAUAUAUAUAUAUAUAUAUAUCCAUUGAUCGAAUGAGUUUUGUUUUUUCAUUUCUUUCUUUCUUUUUCAUUUUUUUUCUUUUUUUUUUUUUUCUUUUUUACGAGUUGACAGUUCGUAAUUAUUUUUAUCCAUGGUGGAAGUGGAAGAUCGAGAAACGUUCUUGGAUAAAGAAGAAUUUGUUGAUAUUAUAUAGAUCAUUGUGGUGAUCAGUGAUCUCAUAGCGAGAUCGAGGGCAUUAUUUAACUACAAUAUUAUAGAGAUCAUGCGAUUAGGUAAAUAUAUGAUUCAUAUAUAUUAAUAAUUUCAUGAUUGUCGAAUCAUUUUACCUUAUUUGAAGAAUUCAUUGAAAACUUCAUCGAUUAGAAAAUAAUACAAAUGGCGCAUGCUCGAUUUAUCGAGAUCUAGCUAAUACCAAUUGAAUAACACGCGCGUUGGAACGAUCACGCACGAUCACGCGCAGGUGUUCCAGCAAAAGGUGGUGAUUUUCGGACGAUAGAGAGAGAGAGAGAGAGAGAGAGAGAGAAAGAUAGAGAAAGAAAGAAAGAAAAAAAGAAAAAAGCGAAGAUUCAGGGACCUAACAACGUUACGGGAAUCGACCUGACGAUUUCGUGUGACAGAGAAAGAAAACAAUAUAGAAAGAAAGAGAGAGCGAACGAGAGAGAGAGAGAGAGACGAAGGAACGACGCGCGUGUGCUCGAGGCGCCUUCAUCGCGGGGCGUAUCCCAAGAUCGCGAGGUAAAAAGCGUCAUUUCUGAGUGCGUCAUUGCGUGUCCUUCCUCCUACUCUCUUAUUCGUAGACUUUGGUAUAUCCUGGUUUGGUGCAAUUUACAAAUAUAACUCAUAUGCGUCGCCAGAGAAGGAGAGCAAAAGUGAAAGAGAGAGAGAGAGAGAGAGAGACAAAGUGUGAUACAGAGUGAGAAGAAAGGAGUAAGUUGCGUGUGUGUGUGUAUGUGUACAUGUGCGUAUGUGAAAAAGAGAGAGAGAGAGAGAGAGAGAGAGAGAGAGAGAGCGACACAGAGCAUCGAACUCGAUUUGACAAUCGGAUGGACGAAGAAGAAGAUCGGCUUUGUGUUUCAUCGCGAUGAGACGUUAGUUAAAUUUUUCCUUUGUCAAGAUAAGAUUUUGAAUUUCUUCAUUAAACCUUUUUUUAUUUUUUAAGUUUCGUUUCUCUUUCUUCCUUCGAAAGUGAUAAGAAUUUUUUCUCGUGUUAUCAAUCGUCGAUUCGUUAUCGUGAUUUAUUCAUUGCCAAUGUGUAACUCAGCCGACGCUUCGUACGUGCAAAAGUUAGGUUAUCUGCAGUUAGGAGAUGAUAGCUCGGACGUUGUUGGUACCCCCGGUACCGCUAGGCUUUCGGGUUCAAAACCCGAGGCCCAAGUGCCUGUUACGAGAAACGUCACUGCCAGGAAUGAUAUUAGGAUACCUGGUAGACCCGUAGGUGCUAUCGAAAGCUUCAUCGAGGGUAACUCUUCUGACAAUUCUAGACAAACUAUUUCUGCUGAUUAUAAGCUUUACGAACGUGAGAAUAUUAUAGCUGCUUCGAGGUUUGCUACUCCAAAGCCUGUUGAACAAAUUAGUGCUCAACAACAACAGCAACAGCAGCAGCAGCAACAGCAACAGCAACAGCAGCAGCAGCAGCAACAGCAACAGCAACAUCAGCAAAGUCAAGGACGUGUUAACAAUCAACAGGCACCUGUAUAUGAAAAUAUAGACUAUUAUCCGCAGCAGAGUCAACCACUGCCUCCUUAUUAUCAUCCAGUUGAAUCUAGGAAAAGUCCUAGGGAUAGUCCUAGAGGUUCCCUUGCUGGAGAAUCUUAUGAAGCUAAUUUUAGAAAGGCACAACCUCAAGUUCCCACUGGAAGUCGUUAUCAAACUGCUUCGCCUGCUAAGGAACUGCCGCCUUACGAAGCUCCUCCUGUUUAUGAGAAUAUUCAGGAAGUUCAUUAUACGGAUAAUGCUCAAAAUAAGCCUGGGCCUCAAGUUCCAUCUAAUUAUUAUCAUCCUGCUAAUAUCAACGGAGGAGAUUAUGUCAUUAUGACUGGAAAAGUUGGACAAGGACAAGCACAACGUGGCAUACCUCAAAGUUUGUCUUAUACGCAACAAAGAGGAAUGAAUUCUAGGGGUCAGAGUUAUGAUGGAUCAUGUUUACAACGUGCAACUGUUGAUUGUCCUUCCAGAUAUCUACAAGGAUCAUCUUCCAAUGCUGAUCAUCAGUCUGGUAGAAGCGCUUAUGUACCACCAUCUGAACUACAUACUCCAACUAGAAACUUUAGCUAUGAUCAACAACAGCAACAGCAACAACAACAACAGCAGCAGCAGCAGCAGCAACAACAGCAGCAGCAGCAACAACAACAACAACAACAACAACAGCAACCUUCUAGAUCAGGACUACCUUAUCACAGUGAAUCACCUCCAAUACGUUUGCCACCAGAACCUCAUCAUUAUCGCAGUUCUCUUGAUAAUACUGUAGCUGGACAGCAGGCAUAUCGUACGUCCCACCAAAAUGACAUGCAGCAAACGCAAUUUCGUCAAGAUUCACAAGUAUACAAACAAUUUGUGGAGCCAUCUACUAGAAGUAUGAAUCCAAAUUAUUCUACAGAAACUCAAGCUAGAAAUUCUCCUGUAUAUGGUAGUCGUUCAGAGCAACCAUCUUGCAGAAAUUCUCCAUGUUAUUCUCCCAAUCGUACAAUGCCACCCAAUGAUAGGAACUAUCAUCAAGAAAAUAGGUCAGAUUUUUCUGCUAGGAAUUCACCAAUUUAUUCUUCCAAUCGUUCUGCAGAGCAAUUACGUUUGGGUUCUCUCCAAAAUGAGAGGAACUUUGCGCAAGAUGCAUCCGAAUCGUCUGGUCCAAGGAGUUCACCUUUAUAUUCACCAAGCCGUACUGAUCCUGGUAGAGUUAUUACACCAAAUAGUAAUAGUAUCCGUAAUUCUCCAAAAGCAAGUCCAACUCACAGUCAAAUUCCAAGUGAUAUUGGCUUACAAAAUGUAACAAAUUCUCCUAGACACAUUUCACCUCCUUCUUCCACCAAUGCAGUGGGAAGUCCUGUACAUGUGCAAGUGCAAACACCAGUGACCAGUACUGUGACUUUAACCAAUGAUUCUGAUUCAACUGUUAAUGUACCUAGAAUUACAAGCCUACCACCGGGUGUUACCAGUGGCAUUGCUGGUCCUGUAUUUCUGAAUGCUGGUGUACCUGUAUUACAAAGAUCCUCAGAACCAGAACCUGAAGAAAGAAAAUUGGUUAGUCCACCUAUAAAGCCUACUCCUGGCAAAGGAUUGUUGCCAUACAACGUCAUUCCACCUAGACCAUCGGGUCCAACGGAAGCGGAAAGGAAGAUAGAAGAAUUGACGAGACAACUCGAGGAGGAGAUGGAGAAGCAAGAGGAGGAAGGAGAAUAUUUUGGUAUUUGUCACACGUGCGGUGAAAAGGUGACCGGUGCUGGACAGGCCUGUCAGGCUAUGGGUAAUCUUUAUCAUACGAAUUGUUUUAUAUGUUGUUCCUGCGGAAGGGCUUUACGCGGCAAAGCAUUUUAUAACGUUCAUGGAAGGGUUUAUUGCGAGGAAGAUUAUUUGUAUUCCGGUUUCCAACAGACAGCCGAGAAAUGUGCUAUUUGCGGUCAUCUCAUUAUGGAAAUGAUCUUACAAGCUAUGGGAAAAUCCUAUCACCCAGGAUGCUUCAGAUGUUGCGUAUGCAACGAGUGUCUCGAUGGUGUUCCUUUUACGGUAGACGUAGAUAAUAAGAUCUAUUGUGUUAACGAUUAUCAUAGAAUGUUUGCACCUAAAUGUGCAUCUUGCGGUAAAGGGAUUACUCCGGUCGAGGGUACCGAAGAAACAGUUAGAGUUGUUUCCAUGGACAAAGACUUUCACGUGGAUUGCUAUGUUUGCGAGGAUUGCGGCAUGCAGUUAACAGACGAACCCGAUAAAAGGUGCUACCCACUCGAUGGUAGGCUCAUGUGUCGCGCCUGUCACAUCCAACGCAUAUCUCAUACACAACCAAGAGCACCACAGCCAGUAUCUGCUAGCUAUCAAUUUAUGGGAUAAAAAAAAAAAGAAAAAGAAAAAAGUUAUAUAUAUAUAUAUAUUUAUAUAUAUAUAUAUAUAAAUUUGUAUGCGUGCGCGCUUCGCUUCUAUUAGAAAUGUUUCAUUUCAUUAUAGAUUUGCGCACAUAAAAGCCAUCCUAUAUAAUGAUUAACUGUGCGAACUUGUGCUUCGAUCACAUCAGCCUGAUGAAACUUUUGUCGAAUUGUCUAAAAAAAGAAAAAAAAAAAAAAAAAGAAAAAAAUAACAAGAAAAGAAUAAAAAAAAAAGUAAGACUGCUCCAUAUAAAUAUAUACACUGCCUCUUGGGAUCAAAUAAUAUAUAUAUAUAUAUAUAUAUUUUUUUUUUUCUUCCUUUUUUGAAACAAUUUUUUGUCAUGAUACAAUCGAAGUGCUAAUUUCAAUUAAAGAACAAUCGAUUUCGAGACAUGCCUAUUAGCGAAAUAUGAUGUAGUAUGUGUAUUUAAUAUAUGAUUUUUUUUUUUUUUUUUUUUUUUUUUUUUUUUUUUUUUUUUUUAAAUAUUGUUUCUUUCCUACGGUACUCUUCGAACACAGUGGUCUCAUUAGGAUGAGCAAGUUGCGCAGGCAACUGUGAUAUAAUAGCAUAAUAUCGAUUUGUUAAAUGGCGAACAUUUUAUUCCUUUUACUUCGUGUAUAUAAGUACACAUGUCUCAUUGUUAAUAAUUAUUAUAGUUAUUAUUAUUAUUAUUAUUAAUAUUAUUAGUAGUGGUAGUGUAAUGCGUAUUGUUAGGGAAAAUUUUAUCUAUGGAAAAACAAAACUCGGUUCAACGUCCCAGGUGAAAUGGCAAUUCCUUCGUAUUAAUUAUAAUAUUUAUAUGGAAUAUUAAUUAGACGUAGGAGCCGUUAAAUCCUUUAAUAUAUUAAUUAAUAUUUAUCAAGGAUUUGUGCGCUCUUUCAGUCGAUGCUGAUACAAUAUAAAACGAAUAAUAUGACAAUAUUGAAAUAUAAUCGUGAAUAUUCUUGUUCUCUUAAAAUGUUAGAUUUGUCUUUGUCAAUUGCAAUCAAACAAGUGGAAUGAAUUUAAUAGAUCAUUUAUUAUGUAUAUAUAUAUAUAUAUAUACACAUAUAUACAUACAUACAUACAUAUAUAUAUGUGUAUACACAUAUACACACACACGAUGUAGUUCGUGGUUUAUUAUAUUAGAAUUUAAGCGCACAAUUUUUAAGCUGCCAAAAAAGAAAGCAAAAAAGAAAAAUAAACGAUUGAUCUUUGUCAAGAUUUGCUAAUAUUAUCGGUUUACAUAUUUACAAUAGUUUAAUUAAGUAAUGAGUACUGUAGAUAAAAGUACAAUUUCUCUUAUUUAAAUAUACAUAUGUACGAGAUGGUAUGUAUGAUGUGACGACCGUGUUCAAUAAAGGCGAACCUGACAGAAAUAAUA